AUGUCCCAGCCAGACGAGCCCGUCAAGUCUCCGAUCACGGCUACCAAGGAUAAGAGGCUAUCGAUCGACUCCGACUCCGACUCGGACAAGGAGAAUGUAACGCCCCCCGUCCUCCCUCCAGACACGUCCGAGCCCUUGGGGAUCCUCUCGGGGCUCCUGCCGUCGCAGCGGCGCAAUCCAGAUGACUUCGAAGACGCCGUCGUCGAUGUCGCUGAGGUAGCCGAAGUCGCUGAGGUCGCUGAGGUGCGCUCCCUUACCACGAGGACGCCUUCGGUCUCGAAAGCACCGCCCACCGAACCCCCCACGGAGCCAGAGUCCCCGAAAAAGGAGGCAAAGGAGGCAAAGCAGGCACAAGAAGAGGACAGCGAAGUUGAAGACGACGCACCCCCUACACCUCCGAAGGACGAGCCGAUAGUCGCAGACGACCUCAAGAGCGAUGAGGAAGAUGUUGAAAUCAAGCGGAAGCCUUCUCCAGUCUCCCACCGACUUUCCAAUACCUCCAAUUUGGACAAUGUCAAUCUCGACGACGACCACACCGCCGCCCCACAGGAGCCAGCGCCCAAAGCCAGUAGCCCUCCUCCCCCUAGAGUGCCAUCCAAGAAAAUAUCAAUAAGCAGCAUCACUGGCGCCCUGCCCUCCAUGCCAUGGUCGCCCCCCGCCGAUCCGUCUCCCGCUAAAUCUCCUAUUGCACCUGCUGCACCCCUGCCGCAAGCCGUUCCAGCUCCUCCUCCUGUCCCCGUAUCACACCCAGGUCCUCCGACAAGGAAGCUCACCAGCCCCUUCGCCUGGCUGUCACGAAACAGCGGCAGCAAGGAGAAAGAGACCUCCCCACCGCCCGCCGCUUCGCCUCGACGGAAUACUGCCAGCUCCAUCGCCACGUUGACUAGCAAUCCUGAGAUGAUGCUCAGCAGGCUCGACGAAGAGGAAGGUGACGGCAAGCACGGUGUGGCCCGACACAGCUUGAAGGAUCGCUUCAAGAUGGUCAGGAUGCGGGAAGAGGCAGGCAUUACGCUUGACGAUGACAAGACGCCCGUCCCACCGCCAAAGGGCCUCGGCCUGUCCACACCUCCCGCUCAGAAUGGUGAUAAGGAGCUUGGGGCAGAACCGCCCAAGUCGCCUCUGCCAACAACACCGAACCCAGCAUUGGCCCCCGGGACAGUAUCUGGAGUAUCGGCCGGUCCCUCUGACAUGCCCGAUGCCCAAAUUGAUUGGGACCUGUGGCAGUCGGUGGUGUACGAGGGUCCGGCCGUCGUUGCUCGUACGAGCGCCGAGGAUUUGAACAGGGCUAUCGCCACUGGUAUUCCCAGUGCCAUUCGAGGAGUAAUUUGGCAGGUUCUGGCGCAGAGCAACAGCGAAGAGCUCGAGAUCAUGUACAGAGAGCUCGUUGCCCGUGGUACAGACAAGGAAAAGAACAGGAACAGCAAUGGCACCCUCAGCUCGGGCAGCAAUGGUACCCUCAGCAUUCAGAAUGAGGCAGUCAACUCUUCCGCCUCAUCCAUCCACUCGGAGCAUUCAGCAGUCAACGGCAACGGCAUGCCUUCGCCGAACGAGAAGAGCGCCGAGGCCAUCGCGAAGGCUCAACAGGCCGCGACGGCAGCCAGGCAAAAGAAGCAAAAGGAGGAUGCUGCCAUGAUUCAGAAGCUGGAAAAGACCAUCCGACGCGAUAUGGGUGCGCGAACUAGCUUCUCCAAGUACGCUGCCGCCGCUGGGCUUCAAGAGGGCCUCUUUGGUGUGUGCAAGGCGUAUGCUCUAUACGACGAGGCUGUUGGCUACGCUCAGGGAAUGAACUUUUUGAUCAUGCCCCUUUUGUUCAACACGACGGAGGAGGAGGCCUUUUGUCUGUUGGUAAGGUUGAUGAACCAUUACCACCUGCGCGACCUGUUCAUCCAGGACAUGCCUGGUCUGCACAAGAACCUCUACAUCUUCGAGCGUCUGCUUGAGGACUUCGAGCCUGCUCUGUACUGCCACCUUCGCCGUCGCAGCAUUUCGCCUCACCUGUACGCAACCCAAUGGUUCCUGACGCUCUUCGCAUACCGCUUCCCUCUGCAACUGGUACUGCGCAUUUACGACUUGAUUCUGUCUGAAGGCUUGUCGGCCAUCCUGCGGUUUGGCAUCGUUUUGAUGCAAAAGAACGCUGCCAACCUGCUGGCCAUUUCGGACAUGCAGCAACUUACCGUCUUCCUGAAGGACAAGCUCUUUGAUGCUUACAUUGACCACGCGCCGAGCGCAGGAAGCAUUCUGGAGAAUGGCUUCUUUGGCAGCUCUAGCGCCAGCCAAGACAAGGAAGUCUACCGUGCCGACCAGCUCGUCAGGGAUGCCUGUGACGUCAAGAUCACACCCGAAAUCUUGAAGGCAUACACCGCGGAGUGGGAGGAGAAGACGAGGACGGAGAAGGAGCGCGAGCAGGAGCUUGAGCAACUGCGUAACGCCAACAUCAACUUCGCCGUCAAGGUGCGUAAGCUCGAGGAGCGUGUUGAGGCCUACGAUAGUGAGCAAGCGGCCCUCGCGACCGAGCUUGUCCACACCAAGGUUGAGAACGAAGAGCUCAAGGACGAGAACGAGAGUCUCAAGGGCCAAGUCCGCGAGCUGCGCAACGUCAUUGAGAAGCAGCCGGAGGAGCUCGAGAACGCCUGGAAGCUGGAGAGAGAUGAUCUCAUGAAGCGCAACGCGAACGUUCACGAGGAGAACCAGAAAUUGGAGAAGGAGUUGGCAGAGCUGGAGGAGGAGCUUGUACAAACGAAGAUGCAGUAUGCUGAGAUCAAUUCUCAACAUGAGACCCUGACACGCAAGUGGACGGACCUCAAGCGACAGUUCGCCUAG